CGUAGUUUGACAAAACAGCAGCUUAAUACGCCGCCCAGUCUUCAACGGUAGCUCCAAUCUGCUAAGACACACAAACCCUUUCUUAAUUCUCCAUUCAAAUCAAAUCAUGAUCUUCAGAUAGCAUCACCUCAUCAUACACAGCUUCCAAAACCAAAAGUUUCCCAAAAAUUCAACCUUUUUCUUUACGAAACCCUUUCCUCUCAGUCUCUCAUUAGCAGUGAUUUGAAGAAGGGUUAUCAUCACAGAUGGAUAGUAGCAGUGGAAUUGAGAGCAAUGGGCGUGUGCCACUUUCAGGGGUUGUUGCAGAUUGUGUGAAACGGUGGUUCAGAGACACUCUGAAAGAAGCUAAAGCUGGGGACAUAAACAUGCAGGUCUUGGUAGGUCAGAUGUAUUACAGUGGUUAUGGUGUUCCCAGAGAUGACCAAAAGGGUAAAAUUUGGUUGACUAGAGCGUCGAGGGUUAGAUCUUCAGUUUGGAAAGUUGGUGAUAAGCAUCCAGGUUAUAAUGCAAGUGAUUCUGAUUCUGAUGAAUUGAAGGAAGACUCUUAAACACACUAAAUGCCUAACAUUUGAAUGGUAUGCAUGCCAGGCAUCUUGCUCUGUAACAACAGUUUUCUAUUUGGGUUUCUGAUGUUUGUUUGAUUUUACAAACUUUUGUUUUAACGUCUAGAUUUCACUAGGUUGGACUUGGUAUAUCAUGCAUUAAGAUAAUCUAUGGGGUAGAUUUGAACCAUGAAAGAGUAGCAUCCAUUAUCAUUCAAAUAAUCAUAUGCAUGAUAUAGUAAGUUUUGUUGGGUGUAUCAUAGCAUGGUUCUUUGUUUCUAUGACCUAUAGAAAAGGCAACAUUGUUACUUUUUGUACAAGUUGUUGCUUGGUAAUUGAAGGUAUUUUUCUUAAUCCUCUCGUUAUGUCAUAACAAAUAUAAGAUGAUUGUACAUAAUAACAUCAUAAUUUAUUUUCUUUCUAAA